UCGGCCCCCACCGGGAGUCAAACGGUCCUCUACUGCCAAGACGGACAGCAGCUGUGAGAGAAUCUCCGACACCUAGGAUCCGCCGCCGUCAUCACGGGGAACCUACUCCAACGAUCCGCACCGUAGUAGGCGUUUCUUCCGGAGCCCCCCUACCAUCCGCGAGUCCGCGACUCCGAGAACGUACCCCCGCGUGGCAGGUGGCACACCACCGUUGCGCGAUACUCCUAGACUCGCCGCUUAACGAGAGUGCAACUGCAGUUGGCGGCCGACCUGUGCACGGCUCACGGGGAAACGCGGAGAACGCGCUCGUUCCGACUCGCCGCAGUUUCGGGAGAGACCCAGAGAUAGAGAGAGAUGAGGAUCAUUGUUCUAGUCGUAUUUGUCAUGGCCGUCCUGGCGAGCGUCUCGGCGCAGGAUUUCAGGCAUUUUUUCGCGGGAUUCGGUCCCUAUGGAAGCAUUCGAGCCGCAUUGAGGGAUCCAAGAUCGAAUAGGGGUCCGGUGUUAUUCCCACCUGGACCGCCACCCAACAAUGCUGACAGCAGCGGCGUCGUUGUGGGCGCGAGCGGAUACGGAUUCGUGCCACCCAGCGCAGGUUACUUCACCUACUUCUACUACUAAGCAUAAUGAGGGACUGCGUGAAGAUGAUAACACGAAGAAAAUGGUGGUCAAGGUUUCGGACGUCACGGCUGGCAGACUCCAACUGGACAUUGUGGUAGACUAGCAAAUCGGCGUUACGUGGUGGUGCGUGUCCAUUGAGGGAAGGACGGGCUUAAAGUAGUUUUUUCUUCUUCUUUCCAUUUAACAAUAGCCUCUCCACCGUGAUUGGCGGCGUGGGAGUACGCCUACUUCCCGUGAACUUUGGAUUGCGUAAAGUUCGCGGGGUAAAAGAGAGCUAUUAACGCGAUGUGCAAAUAGAGAAAUACGUGCGAAAUCAUAACGAUAACGAGAUUUCUUCCUUUUUUUUUCUAAAAACAUCAAGUUCCCCCCUAAGGCGUAGCGUAGUGCGCGCGGAAUACUUCAAGAUGAAAGUUCGAUGAAAUAACGCAGUAAAUGAAACCCGUGUUUCCUUAUCUCUCCUUCAAUUAAGAAUCACCCGAGACGCACCUUUAGGUAUGCCUAACGAGACCGAUAGUUAGCAGCUAAAUGCCGGUCAUAUCGAAAUUGAUAUUACGCCACGGUUAGUCUCGUUACCGAACCGCGAGUAAUCCCGUGUACGAGCAGCAGCAACGCGAACGUCCGCAUAACGAAAUCUACGAAAGUACAAGUCGUAUUUUAUGGUACAUUACUACGGGUAUUUGCGCCUCCGCGUGGUGGUAACGCUGAGGCGUGUAUAAUUAGUAGCAGAGCCAGAAAGCACCGUGCACUCCUGACAGUGCGAUCCUAGAACAAAGCAAGCGGGACUGAAUAGCAAUCCGCGUCUUAAAAGAGUCGAGAGAUAUCCGCUUAUGAAACAAGACCGGGUAAAUAGAGGAGGUGGGUUCGGCGCGCGCCGCUGAAUCCCCUGAAAAUGAUUAAGAGGCGGCGAGUACAUUUCGUGCCGACUGGUAAGUUAUUUAUUACGACCGCGAUGGCGAUUUAAUUAAGCGUAGAUAGCCGUUUUCGGGCGAACAGUCUUUACGAACUUUACAGCCCGUAUCGAGUUCAAAUUGUUAACGCUCCGCGUCGUGCGGCGACUCGACGCGCGGCUUAAUAGUAAUAUAUUUAUAUGUAAAUGUGAUAGAGAGAGAGUAAGGAAGUAUGGUAUGAGGCCGCGGAAUCAAUGGCGGGGUGCCGCCGUCGCUUUCGUUUCCGUGCAAUUCGGUCAUGGUUCUUUAAACGCGAGAGAUACCUUCUACGUUGGUGCAUUUUAAGUGCCCGGCUUCUCUCGGUCAAUCUGUUCCGCACGCGCCCACUUUUAAUCGCGCACGGUGGCGAGAAGUACGAUUAUAGCUUCAUUGAUCCGUGGCCAAAAAACAUCUGCAUACCGGUUAAUUAUCUCACCCUUGCGUAAUUUUCGCAUGAGUACGGCCGAUCUUAGAAGAUUUUUAUAAGUUUUCGUACAAGAAGUGUGUAAAUAUUACAUAAUCUACAGGAAUAAAAUAAAAUCAUUGCCUAUAAAUCUACGUUUUUUUUAUAAAAUUCGUCUACAAAAAUUUUAUAUAUAUUUUAGCUUUAACUUAUUAAUAAACUGGUAAAUUGAUUUGAGAAACUUAAUGAGAAGCAGCAUAUUAUCAAGAAAUAUUUUACAGCUAGAUUAUGCAAUGAUAUGCAAAUAAACUACACUGAGAAAAGAAAA